UUGCAAUUUUUUCAUUUUCUAAAAUAUGCUCUUCUCUUUUCCGGUCAGGAAACGCGGGUUCGACUGGGAGAGUCCGCUGUGCGGGCCGCAGCUGCUGUCGGCUAUGUGGGAGCCGGUACAGUCGAGUUCAUCCUAGAUCCGAAGGGUGAUUUUUACUUCAUGGAGAUGAAUACUCGUCUUCAAGUGGAACACCCAAUUACGGAAGCUAUCACUGGUACUGACCUUGUGGAAUGGCAGUUGAAGAUCGCCCAAGGCGAAAAAUUGCCUUUGAGACAGGACCAGAUACCCCUGAAAGGACAUGCGUUUGAGUGCAGAGUGUAUGCCGAAGACACUGAGGGAGGAAAAUUUAUGCCCACUGCUGGUAAACUUGACUACGUAUCCUUCCCAAAUGACGCUCGCGUGGAUACCGGUGUUGUUACCGGAGAUGAAGUUUCUGUUCACUACGAUCCCAUGAUUGCCAAGGUCGUGGUAUGGGCAGAAGAUCGUGCUAGCGCCGCAGCAAAGCUAGAUUCGGCAUUGUCUCGAACGUUGAUCAGUGGUUUGCCUACGAAUAUCGGUUUUGUGCGAACUGUUUUGAAGCAUCCCGAAUUUAUGAAGGGUAAUGUGUAUACUGAUUUCAUCCCUGACCAUCAGAAAGAGCUCUUCGCUGUGAAGAAGGGAACGGUUGAGGUACAUACUCGUGGUUCCAGUCAUAUCAUUCAACGAAGUUUUUGUAGGAAGUCGUAG